CCCCACAUGCACCAAAAAUUCGUUACAAUUUUCCAAAACUUGUGUGCAUUCUGUUUUCACAUUUCAAUUUUGCCCCUCCACGCUCAACUUCGCCUUUAUUUCCUCUAGGCGAGUUCAUCGCAAUUUUUCCCACUUCCUUGCAUACUGCAUUAUCGCAACUCACCAUUUCCGGUUGAGUUGUUCUUAAUCCAUUUCUUUCUUAUUCGCAUCCAUCAACAGUAUCCGCCCGCUCUAGUUAGCAACAUCCAGGAUGUCUCGAUUUUUCCGUAGUGGCGACGACAGCUCCUCUGAGAGCAGCUCCGAGGAGGAGGAGCUCUACUCCGAGGAGGAACAGGAGGCGAAGGAAGAGUCCGAAGAGGAAGACGAGGAAGAUGAGGAUGAAGAGGAAGAGGAUUCUGAUGAAGAUUCUAGCAGUGAUGAAGAAGGCGGAAAGAAAUCCGGCGCGGCUCGUUUCUUACGUGGUGACGAUUCUGAGAGUGAAGAGAGCGAUGAUGACACUCCUAAGACGUUGAAGAGUGCAAAGGACAAGCAGCUCGCUGAGCUCGAAGCCAUAAUAGACACCAUAGAGAAGCGCCAGAAGAUAAGCGACUGGGGCGCCGUCUCCGUCGAAUUCGACAAGCUCAACAGACAAGCUGCUAAGAUCGCCGAACGUGGACGAACGCCAAAGCUUUACAUCAAGGCCAUCGUCGAGUUGGAGGAUGCCAUGAACGAAACGAUUUCGAAGCAAAAGGUCACGCCCAAGAAGAUGAACGCCACGAGCGCUCGUGGUCUCAAUGCUAUAAAACAAAAGAUCAAGAAGCUCAAGCAAGACUACCAAACGCAGGUGGACUCAUACAGAGAUGAUCCUCUUGAUUUCCUCGCCUCGGAAGAUGAGGAAGAGGCCCCUGCGCCAAAGCCAAAGGCGGCGAAGACAGAUAUGUAUAUCGAGCAAGUCGAUGAUGACCAGGAAGGAUUUUUCACGGUUGGAAAAGGUGGCAGGACUCUUCAAUUUACCCCCGAGAGCAUUUUCAAGCACCUCCGUGGAAUUCUAGAGUCUCGUGGUAAGAAGAAUACGGAUCGUGUUGAACAAAUCAAGAUCAUGGAGAAGCUCUAUGAAGUCGCUGUUACCCCAUAUCAACGAAUCAAGGUCCUUCUCACCAUCAUUUCCGCAAGGUUUGACCUUGGCUCUGGAGGAACGGCAUCUAUGCCUUUAGAGCAUUGGAAGGCUGCCGAGAAGGAGAUCUCGAUCUUGUUCGAGGUACUCGAAACGAACAAGGAAUUCGUAGUGAUCGAGAAUGCGGAAGAAUGGGACGACGAUGAGAAGCCGCCCACAUUGCAGGCGGGCGAAAAGUACAUCAAGAUCCCUGGAAGUAUCGUCUCAUAUGUUGAACGACUUGAUGACGAGCUUACUCGAUCAUUGCAGAGCAUCGACCCUCAUACUUCGGAGUACAUCGAGCGACUGACUGACGAAGGCUCCCUAUACAACGUCAUCUUCCGUGGUCUCCUCUAUUACGAAACUCUCUCCAAGGAUGAGUCCCUACAGACUCCCCAGGACAGCCUGAAUCGUAUAGUAAUGCGGAGAUUGGAGCACGUCUACUUCAAGCCUUCCCAGGUUGUCAAAAUUCUCGAAGAGAAUGCCUGGAAGCCAGUGCCUUCUGACGUGGAGUCUGCCAUUACCCCAAGAGGAAGCAUUACAGACGCUACCAACUUACUCAAUGUUCUGUGCAAUUACCUGUUCAACAAUAGCGAGGGUAUUAUUAGAGCCCGCGCCAUGUUGUGCCAGAUUUACUUUCUCGCCCUACACGACGAAUACUACAAGGCUCGUGACAUGAUGCUCAUGUCUCACUUGCAAGAGACAAUCAGCAACUUUGACGUGCAGACACAGAUCCUUUACAACCGGACGCUGGUGCAAGUGGGUUUAUGCGCUUUCCGAAAGGGACUUGUAUAUGAGGCCCAGAACACCUUACAGGAGAUCUGUGGUAGCGGCCGACAGAAGGAACUGUUGGCUCAGGGUGUCAUGAUCCAGCGAUACUCCCAGGUCUCUCCCGAACAGGAGAGAUUGGAAAAGCAGAGACAGCUACCCUUCCACAUGCACAUCAACCUCGAGCUUUUGGAGUGUGUCUAUCUAACUUGUAGCAUGCUCCUUGAGAUCCCACUGUUGGCGCAUACCGGUUCCUCGCCAGAUAUCAAGAAACGAGUCAUCAGCAAGACCUACCGUCGUAUGCUCGAGUACCACGAAAGACAAAUCUUUACUGGCCCCCCGGAGAAUACACGUGACCACGUCAUGCAAGCAUCUCGUGCGCUAGCAGCAGGUGAAUGGAAGAAGUCUAUCAACUUCGUUCACAGCAUCAAGAUUUGGGACCUGAUGCCGAACACGGAAGAGAUCAAGACCAUGCUAUCGAAGCAGAUCCAAGAGGAAGGUCUACGAACGUACCUCUUCACAUAUGCUCCCUUCUACGAUACUCUCGCCGUCUCUACGCUUUCGUCCAUGUUUGAACUCGAGGACCGCAAGGUCGCCGCAAUUGUGAGCAAGAUGAUCAGCCACGAGGAAUUAGCCGCUGCCCUUGACCAGGUUACGUCGACCGUUAUCUUCCGCAAGGGUGUAGAACUAUCACGUCUUCAAAGCCUGGCCCUCACGUUGUCAGACAAGACAGCGCAGCUUAUCGAAACCAACGAACGCACCCUCGAGCAACGUACACAGGGCACAGCAAACGCCUUUGAUCGAAGAGGCGGGCAAAACCAGCGAGGUGGCCGAGGUGGUGGACAACGAGGUGGCCGUGGCGGCGCCAGGACCGGCGGAACUGGCCAGAGACAAGCUGGUGGCACACAAUUCACUGGAGGUGUAUUGGGUGGUGCAGUCCGAGGCUAGGCAGCUAGCUGGACCCCAAAAAUCCGCAGUCUUCUUUCUCUCGUUUGUAUCUACGGCAUGGGGUUGGGCAUGGCUUUUUAAUGAAAAGGCCUCAGUAUGGGACUAACCCAGUGAAAUUGCGGGCGAUCACCCGCGUUAGCCAUGUUGCUAAGAACUAAAGUAUGGCUAGGUAGAGAAUUGAAUUUUUUUUUUCGAAAAGAGUAGAGACGAUGGUAGAUGGAGUCUAGAGAGCAACUUAUGCUAUUGUGCUUGACGUCGUUUCAUGUCUUGACAGUCUAGCUCCUUUAGGAUGAGCUAGGUGAUCUACGAUAUGCCGUAAACAUCUAUGGUCGUGCGGUCGGUCUAAAAGGAAAGUGGAUGUACAAUACAUUACUCUAGGUUAGCUGGUGGGCAAUACGAAAGAAUUUCUAAAACCAAA